GAAUUGCCAAAUUUUUUUCUUUAUAAAAUCACGGAUUGUGAAGAGUGAAGACGUGAACAAUUUUAAUAUUUAAGUAGUCCAUAAGUAUACUGWUCUAUGGUUCAUAAUAAAACUAUUGUUCUGUGCUAUAAUACAAUUAUAUCAUGUAAAAAUCGAUGCUAAUCGUGACGUCAAGCAAUCGAUCCGUCAUCGACGCCCAAAUAAUAUCGUACCUGUAACGAGACCAAAAAAUCAUUGCAAUGGGUCUCGAACGGACGGCAAAGCAAGUCGACGACGAAUUGGAUGAGAUUUGUGUACAAAUGGUACAAUUAAUGGACGAAUAUUGUUCGUGUAUCGGUCGACUGGAACAUUGUUUGCGUGAUGGAUGCGUGCACCUAGCCAAAAGUAGGUACGUGAUGGGCCACCGUAACGUGUCUGACCUACAGCUGCCAACGUCCGGUCCUUACACUGCUCGCUCGACAGUAGUGCGUGAGAAGGACACUAAUGCGAUCCAUUUAGCUAGCAAUGACACUGGAGACGAWCCCAUCAAACGUUUUGGCGUUCUCGUUCCGGGUAGUUUACGCAAGGCUCAAGAAGGCUUCUGCAAAUGCUUAGAGUCCACAGUUGAAGCCGCUAUCAUAAAAGCAGAGAUGGAAAAAAUUCAAGAAAAUUAUUCAUCAUUAAAGAACGCGAGAAAUCAGAUGACAAAAAUAGUUAAUAAAUGAAAACUAAACAAACAUUAUCUAAUUCCUCACACAAUAUUAUAUAUUUGUUGAUAUUUUUUUUUCUUUUUUAAUACAAAUAAAUGAAAAAUGUUUUUAA